AUGGCAGAAUCCAGUAUUUCAGUGGCUCAAGGCCAGUUUAACUGUUCAAUCUGUCUGGAACUACUGAAGGAUCCAUCGACCAUUCUCUGUGGACACAGUUACUGUAUGAGCUGUAUUACAGGCUGCUGGGAUCAGGAUGAUCAGAAGGGAGUCUACAGCUGCCCUCAGUGCAGACAGACCUUCACUCCAAGACCUGUUUUAGGUAAAAACACCAUGCUGGCUGAAGUGCUGGAGAAACUCAAGAAGACAAAACUCCAAGCUGUUCAUCCUGACCAGUGUUACGCUGAAUCUGGAGAUGUGGAGUGUGACGUGUGUACUGGGGACAAAAACAAAGCCAUCAAGUCCUGUCUGGUGUGUCUGAACUCUUACUGUCAGAAUCAUUUUGAGCAUCACGAAGAAUUUCACUAAAAAAAGUGACACAAAAUGACUGAUGCCACUAGACAACUGAAGGAGAUGAUCUGCACUCUACAUGAUAGGCUGUUAGAAAUGUACUGUCUCAUAAACUCUUGGAAGAGACCCAGAGAACAUUCCAGCAGAAAAUUCAGGAGAAAGAGACUGAGAGAGGCUGUAGAGUCUUACAAGGUGAAUUUUGAGCAGAAGAACAACUGCUGGCUGCUGAAGAGCUGUUUCAGACUCAGUUAG